AUGUCUUUCAGAAAGAGAAAUACGGUGAUCAACCGCCCAACGAGCUCUGCACAGUCGGUUGUAGCAAAACCUGAGGCUGCUCCAGUUCCUGGAGUGCGACCGUCACCCCUCGAUGGACGCCUGACCACGUCAACUGGAACCGCCUCGCUCGACAGUCUACUCGCUGGUCAUUCUGGAUUCCCACUCGGCACUUCUCUGCUUAUCGAAGAGCACGGGACAACCGACUUUGCUGGAGUCCUUACCCGCUAUUAUGCCGCCGAGGGGCUCGUCCAGGGUCAUCAAGUUCAUGUCCUCGGCUUGCAUGAGGGAUGGCGAUCAGAGCUGCCUGGCAUCUCGACAGAUGCAAAGUCAUCUAGCAAGGCUGAUGCCACACCGGGGGAUAAAAUGAAGAUUGCUUGGAGAUACGAAACCCUGGGCAAUGCUGGAGCUGCAAGAGACAGAGAUGGUCCACAGAGAGUGGGGAGCUCAAGCCCUGGAUCAAGUGACAUCUUCUGUCACUCGUUUGAUCUUAGCAAGAAGCUUUCUGCUGGCGAAAUCAAGGGUCAGAUUAGCUUCCAACCCUCGAUGGCGAUGCCAGGCCUGGCAAUUCAAGCCAAGGAGGUCGCAUCUCCUUUUAAGCUCUUCAUCAAGGACCUGAAAGCGAAGCUUGCAAACUCGCCACCAUCAUGGGCACAUCGAGUCAUGGUUCCCAGUCUGUUAUCGCCAACUCUCUACUCAAGUGCGCUAUGUUGUCCAGACGAGGUCCUGCAGUUUAUACAUGCCCUGAGGGCGCUACUCAGACAGUAUCCCACCAAACUCACAGCAAUGAUAACCCUUCCCAUAUCACUUUACCCUCGGAGCUCUGGACUCACUCGAUGGAUGGAGCUGUUAUGCGAUGGAGUUAUGGAACUUGUUCCACUGCAACUCAACGCUGUUCAUGAACCUCCGCCCAGUGGAAAGUCGGACUCCAAGUCGGAGGAGCAGACACAGGGGUUGGUGAGAGUACACAGUCUACCGAUAUAUCAUGAGAAAGGUGGUGGUGGGUCGGAUGGCCAUGCUCGCGAGGAUUUAUCCUUCAGUUUGAGCCGAUCUAAGGGUCUGAUCAUCAAGCCUUUCAGUCUGCCUCCAAUGCUGGAGGAUGAAAAUGAGAAGAAACCGGGAGAAUCUGAUAAGGCGAGCAUUGACUUCUAA